AUGCUGCAUGCUGUUCGCGACCGACGGAGAUGGCAGGACAAGGCAAUCUGCCUGAACAGUGCGGAGUUCCGCGAUAGUCAAACUUUGCGGUGGAUGACGAACGCAUACAUGACCGCUCGCUCGGUGACGAUUGACGUUCGUCAGCUGGCCAUGUUGCCAAUGUUUCCGGACAAUUUAUUUCUUCAAUGGCAGGGCAGACGGGUAAUCGGAGGUCCUGGCGCUUUGCACAACAUGGCUGGAUUCGAAAGUGCUCUGCCGCUGAUGGGGCGGGCCACCUUCGACUUGAUUUUGCCGGAGAAUCUCGUUGGCAUGUACAUCGGCCUCCGCGACUGGUCGGAUUGGCGUGCUCAUACACAGGCGUACUACCGUAUCGACAACAUCUUCACGGACGAAGUAACAGUGUCUUUCGGCACCGGGGACAGCCCUCCUCAGCCUCAUCCUGGCCGUGUUCUCGCAUUCCGAUCCAAGCAGUCCCAUCGAUUCUCUAUACGGUGGGAUGCCACGGUUUUUGAGUUGUUUGUGGACGGCGUCGGAAUUUCAACUGUUCAACCUGCGCAACAAGGAGGUCCUGAGCUUCCAGAUGCUUUGGCCAAGCUAUUCGUUUGGACAUUCGUUCGGCCAGUUGCAAACAUUGUGCCAGCAAUUCAGUAUCGACCAAUUCCCUCAGCUGUGUCGCGCAGUGCGAACAUCAUGUGCGCAAUUUGCAGUCGCAGUCACACCCUGUUUCUGCCUCGAUGGCACGUUUGCCCUUCCUGCUGCACGUGGGUGUGUUCCGGGCAUGUGCGACAGAAUCGGUGGCGCUUGUGUCCUCGCUGUCCGAAUCGCCUGGAAGACUACGUCGGUGGUGCCUCCAACUUUCAUGCCGGGCAGCUUUCAGAACAGAAUUCGAAUGGUGUCAUGGAUGAUUGGGACUUAUUUUGGGGUGGCAGUGUGUUGGACGAGACACUCUACAAUCUGCCGACAUUUUUUUUCUCCUUCGCGUACCUCAAGAGUCUUGCGUGCGCCUCCAAACGCAUGCUGCAUGCUGUUCGCGACCGACGGCGAUGGCAGGACAAGGCAAUUUGUCUGAACAGUGCAGAGUUUCACGACACUCAAACUUUGCGGUGGAUGAUGGAGGCAUACAUGUCGGCUCGCUCGGUGACGAUUGACGUUCGUCAGCUGGUCAUGUUGCCAAUGUUUCCGAACAAUUUGUUUCUUCAAUGGCAGGGCAGAUGGGUGAUCGGAGGUCCUGGCGCUUUGCAAAACAUGGCUGGAUUUGAAAGUGUUCUGCCGCUCAUGGGAUGUGCCACCUUCGACUUGAUUAUGCCGGAGACUCUCUUUGGCAUGCACAUCGGCGUCCGCGACUGGUCGCAUUGGCGUGCUCGCACACAGGUGUACUGCCGUAUCGACGACGUCUUCACGGACGAAGUCAGAGUGUCUUUCGGCACCGGAGACAGCCCUCCUCAGCCUCAUCCUGGUCGUGUUCUCGCAUUACGACCACAGCAAUCCCAUCGUUUCUCUAUUCGGUGGAAUCCUACGGUUUUUGAGCUGUUUGUGGACGGUGUCGGAAUUUCAAAGGUUCGACCUGCGCAACAAGGAGGUCCUGAACUGCCGGGUUCUUUGGCCAAGCUAUUCGUUUGGACAUUCGUUCGGCCAGUUGCAAACAUCGUGCCAGCAAUUCAAUAUCGACCAAUUCCCUCGGCUGUCUCGCGCAUCGCGAGCAUCACCUGUGCAAUUUGCAGUCGCGCUCACACCUUACUUCUGCCUCGAUGGCACAUGUGCCCUUUCUGCUGCACGUGCGUGUGUUCUGAACAUGUGCGAGACACUCGGUGGCGCUUGUGCCCUAGCUGUCCCAAUCGCCUGGAAGACUACGUCGGUGGUGCUUCCAAUUUUGAGGUGCCGUACAUCACGGCUCAUGAUUUCUGGAGUCGACUUGAAGAGCAGCAUGAACAAAGUGACAAGUUUACCUGUGUUGUCUCGAAAAUCCUGAGACAGAAUGCAAACCUGGUGGACAAAAUGCCUUUGGUGCUGCAGCUUCUUCCGGAUCCGCAACAACGAUCUGAGAUGAGUAAGCGUGUCUGGGAGCGUACGCUGUUUCGGGCACGAGCUAUGAUGGGUCUUCUCGAUCAGCGGCAGGAUCUACUCCUUUUCAGGUUUCUGCACGCAGAAGGCGAGCAUCUUUCCAGAAACAGCGCGAAUCCCUUGGAUGGUCUUCCGCAUCCGAAGGAUUUCGAAAGCUUCGAGGAUGUAUGGCGCUGCAUGGCUUUGGAAAGUGGAGUGCAACUGCACCUGCAAUUGGUCUCUCAACAGCAGCAGCGAAGCCACGAAGCUUCUCUUCGCAAACACUGGACAGAAGAUCAAGGAGGAGCCCAGAACGUCCAAUCCAUGAGCCACGCGCAAUGGUUUCGGUUGAGUUGCCACCGUGCAGAAGCUCUUCGUCGACGGCAAGAAGGCAUGCGGCAUGAAUCCGCUUCUGCAGUUGCCGACAAUGACCUGCUUUGGCAAAGAAGCUUUAGUCCGUUUUGCUGUCCGACAUACGGACCUAGCACUUCUUUAAUUCGAUUGCCCGCCUUCAGCUUCCGAGACAUCGAACUUCCGACCUUGGACGUCAUUCCUGAUGAUUGGAUGAACUUGCGGUGUCCGGAAGUGCAGUGCAAACUAUUAUCUAACGCCCAUCAGCACACCAGAGACUCUCGCGUUUCCUUCCUUGCGAGCAGUCACACGUACUAUGUUGAUGGAGAAAAGAUUCCUCUGUCUGUGACUGGCUUGGUUCAUCUUUUCGUGGAGGAUUUUGACGCCGACAAGGCGAUUGCCAUGAUGAAGCAGUCUCGUCGUUGGCCAAGACCGGAGUAUUCCGCCAGGGUGGAAGAACGAUUGGAGCCUCUGAGCGAUGAACUGAUCAAGGAAAUGUGGAAACACAAUGGCGUGGAGGCUGCAAACCGAGGCACGUGGAUGCACCUUCAGUUCGAAGUUUUGCUCAACGCCGGCUCUGUCCCUGACAUGUCUGCAGAAGUGGUUGCGAUGCUACAGGCUCGUCGCAGUGCGACAAACUGGCAGGAUGCUUCCGGUGGUUCCUCGCAAGUUGGUGAUGCUUUGUCUAAUUCAUCAUUUGAGAGGCAGAUUGAUGAGGAUAUCGCUAUGCAAGAAGAAGCCUUGCGUCAGCUGGAUCAAGAGAUGCCUGACGUAUCAGGCGGGGAGCCAGGCGACGCUUUGCUUGUCCAAAGAGAAUCGCAAGUGGGGGACGAAGCAGAAGAACAGUCUUUAGCUAUUCAGGCGGCUGUUCCUCCUGCGGCGCUGGAUAACGCAAAGAAGCGGCGACUGCUCCCUGGCGCAUCCUCGACCUCAGCGGAUUUCGAUCACUUGUUUACCGUUGCCACUGAAGCUUGCGAUGCAUCCUUGGCCAAUCGACCUGAGUUGCCUCAUGAUCUUAACUCUGGGUCGAUCCAACUGCAGGCCAAGCGGCAUUUGGACUUUGUGCGAAGGCGGCAUCCAACUUGGGAGGAAGACUUGGUCCGACUGGACGCGGAGGACAAGAGGGUGAUGCCCCCUCCGGACGAUCAUGGCCGGACAAAGCAGCUGAAAUGCUUAGCAAAAUUAUUGCUUACCAGUGUGCUAAUGUUUACCCAGGCCAACUUUAAUUCCAUCUAUCGGCGUUGCCUGGUUUGGCAGCCCUUGCCGAUAUUCGUGGAUGACACCAACUUCGGCAAGGAUUACGAUGAUCCAGAUGCUGACGGCAUUUUCAAGAAGGAUCCUUCUUUGAGAGCUUGGUUAGAAAGCGGACCUGCCAUCGCCGUGGCCUUAGAACUGCAGCACGGGUUUGAGACCCACUAUUCCAGGGAUGAGUGCUUUCACAUGAUCGAGAACUAUGCCACGAGUGGCCUCACGGAAAAGAAGGUGCGCGAGGCUUGCGGACUGCCUCCGCCCGAGGAUCGCGACGGAAACCCCAUGCGCUCCGAGCUUGUGUGUCAGCUUGAGCAAAGAGAAGCCGCCCAGAAGGAAGAUGAAAUGAAACAAGCUGCCCUUCAACAGGAUCCACUCCUGAAAAGCCUGCAGCGCACUGUGGCAUUCUGUUUGGGCCUGGCCACAUCCAAGCCAGAUGGGGGCAGGAAGCGGCAUCUGACCAAAGUUUGGUGGCAGCGAUUUUCGGCCUCCAAAAUAGGUGCUCCGAAAGAACAGUGGGCUGACCUGGAGAAGGCAGAGUAUCUUCUUCCUGCUGACUCAAAGCCGGACACUGAGCACUUCAUUCCAUUUAUACCCUGCGAAAACAACAUUGAAGACGUUCUGCAGGUGCAGUGCCAGGAAGAGGCUACCAAAAUCAAUGAGUGUUUGAAUGCUGCCAGACUGUGGGAAGUCGUUGAAAGGGAUCCUAGCAGAAGCGCCAAUGCCGAGCUUCUUAACGUCUUUUACACAACGGUCUUGGACAGGCUCAGAAGCGGAAAAGGCAAGAAAACUGUGCAGCAACAACACAGAAUCAGCGAAUGGCUGGGCUUCAAGACGAAACUGGAGAAGCACGAGGAUUGCGCUCGACAGCUAUUGGAGGCGCUUGAGAAAAAAGCCGCUGGGCAACUUUCUCAAGUCACUGACUUGCCCGAGCAAUCUCCUGUAGGAGAAGUUCGCUCUCGGCGGCGACGAGUCAAGGGACCACAAGCAUCCGGCAAUUCUGAAGAGCCUUCCGCAGCGUCGAGAGCAAGCGUUGAUGAGCAGAACCCUUUCCAAGGCAAUGACGGCCUUAUCGACAUGGAUGUUUACUACGUUUACAAAUUCAAUGGCAUGCGCUCCCGGCGCUACGCCGAGGCUGCCUCUGUUCAAAAUUUAGGCACUGCGUGGCAAGCUGAAGUGCUUCAACACACAGUGGACUUGGACAUCGAGAACUGCUCGUUCACCUUGCUACUUCAGAUGCUCGACAAGCUGAAGCCACAGGAUCCUUCUUGGUCAGACGUCAGAGAGACUCUUCGGGAGUGCGUAGAAUUCCGUACUUUCACCAUUCAGAACAAAUUGAAAUUGAAUGUGACUGCUGGCAAGCAACUUCUGCAGAAGGUAUUCAAUGGAGGUGCUCCGCCUGGUGAUCUCACGAACAAUGAGUUUAUCAUUCGAUUACAACGAGCUUCGCUUUUUUGCCGAUGGGUUGCUGCAAGCUGUUUGAAGGACAUCGCCUGGGCCUCUAUGCUUCAGUUCAAAGAAAAGCCGGAUCUUUCCGUUCUAACGUAUUUCUGGAACAUUGCUGAAGACAUGGUGCUGGAAUCAUGGCUCCGAAAAGCGAACCCGCUGCAGAGCAAACACACAUCUUUGCACUUCGAUGGAAUCCGCCUGGAUCGCGAUGUUGUGCUGCCGGACACUCAUGGCUUCUGCGACAGCUGCUCCGCAUGGAUUGAAAAAGACACUGGCUUCAAGGUAAAAAUCCGUGCAAAGGAGCAUCUCAAUUUCCUGCAGCUCUUGCAGAAAGCCAUUGCACCUCAAGAGGUUGCUUGUCCAGACAAUCUUCAGAAAAAUGGAAACUGCAUUCUUGCGGCCUUGCAUCAUUUGGGCUAUGGCGGGCAGGCUGCGACAAUGGCGGAAGCUAGUGAAGGAACGGAACACGCUUUCUUCACAAGACGCCAACGUCGAACAUAUGAGCAGGUGAGCAAGUUUACACAACUUCCCAUCUUUCCUCGCAUGCCGUGCACAGAGUUUGUCGCGGGCCAAAAGUUCCUGCUGCACUUGGCUACGGCUGGCCAGCCACAUUGUUUGGCCGCCCAGGCGCUGUCGUUGGAGCAAGUUCAGCUGACGAAUGUGACUGCCACCUACAAGUUUUCAAUGGCAGACUUUUCCAGAAUGCUAACAGAGGCAACUGAUCGCAAGUACAUUCUGUUCUUCUACGUGGAACAAAAGCCAGACACUGUGGUAUUGGACGCGAAUGAAGCUGAGUACGAACUUCUCCUGGAGACCCAAGCAGGAGCCAACCACGAGGACGAUGGCGAGGAUAAUUUCGCUGAAGAUUUUGUUAGAGACGUGGAGACGCAGGAGGACGCAGAAGAUGAUGAACCGGAAGACGGUCUUCAGUGCGAAGAUGAAAGCGUCACGCAUGUCGGUGAUGAGCUGCUGGUGCACCUGAAGCAGGAGGUGCAAGUCUUCUUGACAGGCGGUCGCAGACGAAAGGGCCGUAGUGCGGACACAGCUCGCUGUCCUUUCUGUCCUUUUCGCGCAUGGCCGAAAAUCAAACGAGGCCGUGUGCUCCACCAUGUUCAAACUUAUCAUUGUCUGGCGAAACAAUACGUGGCCAGUGGUACGAAGCAACUGAAGCUCAUCAUCGCCUUGCAUGAUUUCGACCAGAUCGUGUCUGCUCCGAAAGGCAAUUAUCUGUAUCGCAGCAGUCGUCUUCUGAGGCAAACUGUUUCUCCGGCUUUGUCUCGAAAGCAGGUUCUGAUUGAUCGAUUCCUGCGAUUAGUCUUUACCGAAGAAGGUCCUCAAUUCUGGAGUGUGGAUGCGGUCAGAAGCCAUGACUCGCGCCACUUGAUAUUUGAAUUGAUCAUUGUUCUCACUUGUCGUGGACGCACAAAUGCAGUGGUGCUGCUACAACCUGGCUCGUCAGACGACACCGAGGUUUUAGUGAGGAUGCUGGCAGAUUCUCUUCCGGCUCAAGGACUUUGCCAGAUCAAGUACCUUUCCGUGGACAACCCGUCGGCAAAGCUGUAUAAGGAGGCAAAGCAUGUGUGUCCGAACUUGCAGGUGGUGGCGUUGGACCCAACACACCUGGCAAUGACCUGUGAGUAUGCCUCAAGCAGGAAACGUACUGCUGCGACACGUUAUUUGCGCAUCAUUCUGCGCAAACUUACAGCGCGCAGUGAGUUAUCGGCUGGUACUUGGGGACCCAUUUUUUGCGGAGAGAACGCAACUCCCUUUACACGAGAAGAACAAAGGGUCCGUGCUCAGUUGGAGGAUCGGAGCAUGCGCAAGGCUGAGGCUGAACGAAUUCUCGCGAAUCUGGAUGCAACGAAGCCUUUUCUUCUUCGCUUGGAAUGGAUUCAAGCACUUGCGGCCUUGACUUCUAUUUAUCGCAGCGAGGUCGAACGACUCGCUCCGGGCCCCAAUCGCAAGAUAUAUCAGCUUCUUCACACUGCCACGGCUGCCAACAGAACGGAAUGGUAUUUUAAUAACCUACGUCUGCGCCACAUGAUUUCGUCCGAGAGGUUGUCCCUCUUGCCUAUCGGCACGGCCAGUAAUGAGGCCUUGCACCAUGAGGUGAACAACUGGUUCCGCGAAACUCAGAAGUUGCAUAAAGCAACGUUGUCUCUGAAGCUCAGCAUUAUGCAGCUUGGCAAGCUCCUGACUCACAACAAUGCGCUCUACAAGCCUACAACACGGCAAAUGCCGGAAGCCGAAUUGCUGGCCCGACUAACGUCCAAAGAUUUGUUUCGUGCCACUGAGUGGGAGGAGUGGUGUUCGGAACUCGUAGAUGGAAGCAUCAAAGGCAAAGCAGAACUGCAAUUGCACCAUGAGCGCGAGAUCGAGCGGAAGAAGGUCAACCCAAGAUCAUUCAAAAGGCCGGCUGCUGCUGAGGACUCCUCACUCUUGAGACGGAGAACACCAAACACUCUACUGCGGCAAGAUAGCCUGCGCAGAGCUGGCGUCAGGCCACGAAAACUCUAA